CCUCUUUGCUCUCAAAAUCUACUUUACGACUUUCACGCCUCACAAUCAUUCAAGAUGCUCGGCAUGCGCGCUGCCCCGCUCGAUCUCGAUGGCGCAUACCAGGUGCCGCUCGCCACGAAGACGCCGGGCAAGAACAUGAAGCGCGAGAACGCGUAUCCUCCCGCAACCGUUAACGGCAAGGCGCGCACCCUCAUUUCGCAGACCCCGUUCAAGCCGGGUACAAUCCAGCCCGAGCGCAUGAAAGAUGCCGGCCCCUCCAAGGCCACAAAGACGCCCUUUGGCGACAAGACCCCCUUCCCCAACCGCCUCCGCCCGCAGCUCUUCUCGCCCUCGCAGGACGCGGGCCCCAAGCUUCAGAAGCCCAACUUCGUGCUCGAGGUCGUGCCGGACGGCAAUGCGCGCCCGAGCUCGACGAGAAAGAACGCGCGCCCGAGGAGCAGCCUCACCAAGGCGUUCCAGACGCCGGCGAACCGGGGCGACUGGUGGAAUGUGCCCGAGGACGAUCUGAUGUCGCCGGAGAACUCGGUGCAGGAGAUCGCGGAGGAGGAGCUGUUCGAUUUCGAUGAGGAGAUCGAGUACAUGCCGCCCAAUACGCUGGAUCUGCCCUACGUACCGCCGUUCGACUUUGAGAUGCCGGACUACAAGAAGAUCGGCGCUGCGGUGACGGAGAUCAUGCAUUGCUACGCCUACGUUGACGUCGUGCCCACGCCCGAUCCAACCUUCGAUGAGAAGGACCUCGCCAACGACGGCAAGGGCCUCGCUGUCCCCAUGGAACGCCUCCUCCCGGAUAAAGUCCCCGAGGACGAGGAGGAGCCCACCGGCAAGCGCACCUCACCUGCUCCUUCCUCCAAGCGGACCUCGCCUACUCCCGUGUCCAAACCAUCAUCUCGUGCACCCUCCACCACUUCGCGCGCACCCUCCACCACUGCCCGCGCCCCCAGCGUCCUCCGCGGCACCACAACACACUCGCGUACGGCUAGUACAACUUCAAACAUCCCCUCCCGCCCCGCCACCGCGACCGCCCUGCGCCGUCCUACACAAAUCGCCCGUCCGGCGCCUGUGGUGCGCGCGCGCUCCGGCACCGUAUCCACAGCUGCCGCCGCCACGCCUAAACCGCGUCCGACACGGGCUGCGUCGGUCUCGCGACCCGCUGCCACGACUGUCUCGCGACCGGCUGCCACUGCGGUCUCGCGUCCGGGCGCCAAGUCGACAGCUGCGACCACCGGUGCCGCGAAUCGGGCGGGAGGCCGCGUCACUGGGGCAGGUGACCGCGCCGCGAGUAUUCCAUCGCGCGUCACCGGGGGAAAGAAGAUCGUGCCCAAAGAUGACGAUCCGUUCAAGUUCGACGUGGAUGGGCUGGUUGGGGAGGAUUUCAUGUUCGAGGUCUGAGCUUCCUCUAAUCCAAAGGGACUCCGGUUAUGAAGUGGGUUACAUAUCGAGGGCGAAAAGCGAAAGUUAUGAAGCAUGCAGACGAACCGCACACGGACACCUACUACCUAUCUAUCUAUUAAAUCUGCUGCUGUUUUGUUGGGUCCACGUCCUCGCUUUGUCUUCCCCUAUACUGUGUGUUUACCAGUUGGGUUCAUUAGGUUGAACUGUCAGCAGCUGUCUAUGAUUGUUUACGAGUACGACGAUGCAAUGCGAUGGUGACGUUUUCCGUG